CCCAAACAAUUUUUAUUCAAGCUAUUGACACAUAUCUACAGAAUUUAUUUUAAUAACUAAACUGUAAAAUUUUGUAUCAAAAAUGUACGCAAGUUGCCAUGUGUCAAGAGGUCUAAAACAGUGUAGCCCGCUUAUAAGACAGCUCGUGAUUCAGAAACCACUUAUGCGGACUAGGAUACCUUUAAAGCUGGCUGUUCGGGGAAUGGCUGCCAAGGAUUCUAAGGGAGAAGGCAAAGGAAGUGCAGGAAACGGACCUGCUAUUGUAGGUCCAGGUGGUAAUGUCAUUACACCGCCAGUCACACUGAAAGUUAUUCCCGCCCGGGAUCCACUGAAAUUGGGCUACGACGAUCGCAAUAUGAUUCUGGGCCGGGCGCUAGCUCCACAUUUGACCAUAUACAAGCUACAAUUGACAUCUGGGCUGUCAAUAUGCCUUCGAAUCAGUGGCUUUGUCCUGGGGGUGUUCGUUUGGGCACUGGGAAUAUCCGCACUCUUUUGCCAGGGAAAUAUGGAAGGAUUUUUGACUAAGCUCCAGGAUUGUGAUUGUGGCACGCUUCUGACAUUAUCUAAGGUGAUGGUAGCUAUACCAUUCGCAUACCAUUUGGUCGCAGGAACGCGCCACUUAAUCUGGUAUCUGAAUGUUUUUACCACGAUUUCGGAAGUGUACGCAACUGGUUAUGUGGCUAUGGUAUUAGCUGUUUUAUUAGCCGUUGGAUUGAUGAAAGCCCAGUCUUCUGAGCCGGAGCCCGAGGUUGUAGAUCUAACAAAGGGGAAAAAAGGCCAAAAGGUGGAUCCAAAAAAGAAUGCGAAGGCUGACCCCAAGAAACCUGACCCCAAAGCUAAAGCCGACCCAAAAGGUAAAGCAGACCCAAAAGGUAAAGCCGACCCAAAGAAAGACCCCAAAAAGCAAGAUUCCAAAUAAACCAAGCCAUGGCUGA